AUGCCUGAGGUCUGUUUGAAUAUCUCCCCGAUAGAAUCCAUCUCUCUUUCCCUCGGCCUUCCUCUCCGUCUUCCUCUACACGAAUACCUACGGCAUUCGGCGGCGGUUCUCUUGGAUGCAGCUUGGGCGAACGCUGAGCUGGGCUAUCGAGUUCCGACAUGGGAGAUUGUGCGGAUGCUCUUGGAUAACACCAACGCCCCGUCCCCAGGGUUGGAAAUGCGACGAUUCCUGCUAUGCAUGAGGAAGACCGGACCAGACUGGAUCAGUUGA